UUCCAGAGGUGUAGACAUGUUUCUUCGUCACAGUUCACCUUAGUUGAACAUUUUUUACAUGUGGAUGAUCCAUGUCAUGUUGUGUCCCUAUUUGUAAAUUCGUGCGAAAGUGCGUGUGGCUAAAUGCGUCAACAUGGUAGCAUAGCAACGAUAUUGCUCCAUCGUCAAGGAUCAUUAUAAGGAUCAUGAUUUUCCACCUGUCUGUUCGCUCCAAUCCAAUGUUACGGAAAACAAAUCUGGCUGUGUGGAGAGCAUGGAGGUCAUGGAAGUUAAGCCUGCACUCUUCUACAGUUAAUGCAUCUUCUGGUACUGGUCCCCUGGACAGAUCUGAAGAACUGUCUUCCGUUUCAUCCGAAAAGCCUCCUCACACGCCUGUCAUGCUUAAAGAGGUGCUUCAUUACUUAGACAUCCAGCCAGGUCAGGUGGUUCUAGACAUGACAUUUGGGGGUGGUGGUCACACCAAAGCAAUUCUGAAUUUGGUCCCUGAAGUCACAGUCCUGGCCUUAGACCGAGAUCCUACAGCCAUUUCUCUGGCCCAGCAAUUAGCCAAGGAAUACUGUGGUCGUGUGAAACCAUUGCUUGGCAAAUUUAGCGAGCUUGAAGCCCUGUUGUCUAACAUGAACAUUGAGCCAGGCAGCGUGGAUGCUGUCCUGUUGGAUGCUGGCUGCUCCUCCAUGCAGAUGGACGAGGCGCAGAGAGGCUUCUCCCUCAGCAAGGAUGGGCCCCUGGAUAUGAGAAUGGAUUGUGAGAGGUACCCCGACAUGCCCUGCGCUGCUGACGUUGUGAAUACCUUAGAUCAACAGGCUCUUGCAUCCAUCCUCACUGCAUAUGGGGAAGAAAGACAAGCCAGGAGAAUAGCUUCAGCUAUUGUUGAGGCACGCCGAGUCAACCCCAUCACCCGGACACAGCAGCUGGCCAGCGUGGUGGCAGGGUCGUUUCCUCCAGCUGUCCUUUACGCCCGUAAAGACCGACUCCAACGGUCUGCACACGUAGCCACUAAGACUUUCCAGGCUCUGCGUAUCUUUGUGAAUGAUGAGCUGAACGAACUUCACGCAGGACUGAGUGCCGCCCGGUCGGUACUGGCACCUGGAGGACGUCUCUGCGUGAUCACUUUUCACUCACUAGAAGACAGACUGGUUAAACGUUACCUCCAGGGAGAGGACUUGUCCAAUCUAGAUCACUUCAGCCCGAGGAAGCAAGGCAGUGGGAAGCAAAAACUGGUAGAUGCAAACAGAGAAAGUGGAGAGGUUUACUGGCUUCCUCUGCGGAGAAAAGUCAUCACCCCAGAAAGGGACGAUGUAAAUGAGAAUCCUCGAGGACGCUCUGCCAAACUUAGGGCAGCACUCAGACGUUAACAUUUUUUUUUUAAAUAUGAGGGAAUUGAAAUUCUUUCUCUUUUCAUCAAAUUUUUUAGCUUUUAUACAGAUAGAUUUUGUUUUAACAAUUAACACGUAAGGAGGUUAAGCAAAGGGUGCAAAUGCAACUAUAUUUGUCUGCUGCUUUCUUUUUCUCUUGACUGCAAAUGUUGGAUUUGUUCUGUUUCAACUAUCACAAUUAAAGUGGUGGAAAGCCAUUGAGGGUUGUAUGCCAUCAACAACAAUGGUUGGUUAAGGCUCUACAUAGUGAUGGAUGAACUCUGGAUAAGAGAGAGAAUGAUACUGACAAACAAUACGACCCGAGGUUUGAGCCCAGAUUUUUUUUUUGUAUUGGCAGGCGAAAGAAAUAAUUGGUGGGACCAUGUGUCUACAGAGGUGAGCAGUGACAAAAACUUGUGUGCUUAGAAAACUGGACUUUCCAAAUUGGGGCAGGUGGUUUCAUUUUCAUCUCACUGUCUUCAAGAAGUGCUUGGAGCUGGUUAAGGUGUCACCAAUCCAUUCACUCUAUGAAGACUGUAACAUGUGAUUGAGAGCUGUGAAAGCUGAUAAAUUGACCUUUGAUCUAAGAUGAAUUAAGGUCAAGAAGUGAACUUCCAAUAAUAAAAUAAAUGAAGAUAGAUUAUUAAUUAGAAGGGAAGAUAAUGUUUACAGUUUAAUAUAAUAUAAAGUAUGUACUUAAAGUUUUGCUUCGAGAAGAAAAAACUUUAGGUUGCCACUUCCAAACUUCAAUUGCGCUGGUCCAUCUUUCUCUCACCUUCCUUUAGCUCGAAACUCGACUGAAAACCACACAUUGUGUGAAAGCUGGUUAAAAAUUGAUGUUAACGUUUUUUUUAACAGAGUGAAAGUAUUUAAUCUUUUUGUUUGCCUUUUGUAUUAUAAAAUGUUGGACAUUUUACCCCGCUUCAUUGCAACACUAUGGCUUGAUCCUCACUUUUAGGAUCCUGUACGAAUUAAAGCUUUCUGUUUGCCAUUUAAAUAAAUAAACUUUUCUUGGAUCGCUGA